UGUGGAUUUAAUAUUUUGUAAGGCACUUUUCUCCCACGAACAAUGCCAGGUCAGGUCAGGUUACUCGUGGUCAUCACAUGACACCAGGUGUUUACCUAAGACGGGAAGAUGGCGGCAGCACCUAGUGAGGGGCUCACCAAUCCUGAAGCCAUUUACUACGAUGUGGAUCCAAAACAGGUUUUUGCUGUCCGACUGUUUGGAGCUGUUACAGGAGUGAAUGUUCUGUUGGGAAUCAUCUUCGUCUUGGUGAAAGCACAUGACAACCCUCACUUCUAUCUCCUGGUUGUCAACUUGGCAUUGAGUUCCUUGAUUGCGAUAAUGUUGGCAUGGUGGUAUCGCAGAGGGCAGUUGAGUGCAGACAAACACUGGUACAUGGCGCUGGUGUGUGCAGUUAUCCUCCUACAGGCCAUCACGGCUGACUUGUACGUUUUUAACCACGUAGUCGUGGCCAGCAAGCACAACGUAUUUCCUGCUUCCAACGUCAGCACAAGUACAGCUCCUACAAUAAAGCCACCAGGGUAGAUUGGCCAAAACAACACAUUAAAGAAGUAUGCAGGACUGUCUCAAGGACCUGUCCUUCCAUCCUAGGACAAAAAUUUGCUUGUUGUGAUGAUCAAAUUUAAAAUGACACUUGUCUGCCAAAAAUGACAUGAAAUUGAUGAAGAUGUAUUUUUGACAGCUUGAAAUGAUCAUGACAGAAAUUUGGCAACAUAGAAGUACUUGCAAACAAUGAGUGGGACAGAAUUUGUGGGGAGAAAAAAUUUGUGUGUGAUUUUCUCCCCACAGAACCAAAUUUUACAAAAACUACUACAUUUUUGUAUAAACAGUUUGAUGUCACAAAUGCUGCUGCUACUGGUGUUAAAUGAGUGACCAGUUUAUUUUCGUUGGCUGAAAGUUUGAAAUGUAAUCUAUGCAAUGGUUUAGCUGAUAUUAUUUCUUCUAUUGACAACAAUGAUGAGAGAACUGAUGAGGUUGAUGUAGUAUUUGUCCAUUCAUAUAUAGUUUCAUAGAAGUAUUCCAGCAUCAGAUUGUACCUGGGCAGUACAGUAUGUUAUUUAAAGACAAUGAUUUAAUUUUGGGUAUUUUUGUUAAAAUCUUUGGCCUCAUCAGCAAGAUAAAGUUUGGUCAGCAGAAAAAAAGAAAACAAGGUUCAACAUACAAAAUGUAUAUGAAAAUUUACAUGUAAUAUUGAAGCUUGCACCAUCCUAUAUAUAGAUUGAUUAAUAUAUGAAACCAUGAUAUUAGGUAAUGUGUACAAUUGUACUAUUUUUUCCAACAAGACAGAAUGUAGUAAAAGAAUAUUUAAAAAGUA